AAAAUGGAAAAAUACAGAACUGCAUUAGAAACACUAAAUGAAAAUGAUAAUAUCAAAUACUCAAAAGAUGACAUUGAAUUUCUAUUUGAAAGAGAUCUGUCUUCACCUGAAAUAAUAGAUGAGGAAAAUGAUGGUACUAAAGGUUUGGAACAUUAUCUGGUUCCAAAAAUUGAAUGGAGGAAUACUGAG